AUGCUUCUCCGACGUUUAGCAUUUUUAAUUGUAUUAGGAUUCGCGAAAGAAGCGGUCAAAUCGAAAAACAGGAAUGUUACCUCGUGCGAGCCAUCAUUGCGUCUUUGCGAUCAAAAAUAUGGCGGCAGAUGCAUUCCGGAGCAUUGGAUUUGCGACGGACAUUAUGAUUGCGACGACAAAUCGGAUGAGCAAGAGAACUGCGAGCACAAAUGCGGCGAGCACGAGUUUAAGUGUCUCAGCGGGAUAUGCAUUCCGAUGGGCUACGUGUGCGACGGCGAAAUCGAUUGCGGAAAAUUGGCGGAGGACGGCGAUCGAUCCGACGAGGAUCCCAACAAAUGCUUGCAGCCGGUUCAAUGCGACGCCAAUGAAUACCGAUGCGCUUCGUCGCCGGCGUGCGUUCAUCUCACCAAAUUCUGCGACGGUCAUAUCGAUUGUCCGGAUGGAUCCGAUGAGCAUCAAAUGUGCUCUGUCGUCGAUCCGGCCGCCCAUGAGAGUUGCACCUACGGCUCGUCGAUGACACUGGACGGCUUCAAGUGCUAUUGUCCGAACAACAAGCGAUUCGUGAAUGGAACGUGCCAAUUUGUGAAUUUCUGCAAUCGAGCCCAAUUCGGCUAUCCGCCGGUGUGCACUCAACUCUGCGAGGAUUAUGGCAACGGAAAAUAUGAUUGUGGUUGCGCUGAUAGCCGAAUGACGUUGGUCAAUGGGUCGACGUGUGUUCUCAAUGAGACAUCGCUUCCCGAGAUCGCGAUUCUGACCAAGGAGAGUGUCGGACCGGUGAACCUCGCCGAUCACAAUGCGCGCACGAUGAUUGCUCAUUUUGGCAAAGAGCCAGUUCCAGUGAUGUGCUAUACGACGCCGACAAACGCCAACAUCAGCACGAUUGAGUGUUUGAGCAUCAAUAAUCGGAAUAAGAGGCGAACGUAUAAUGUAUCGUUUAAUUUGGACACUGUGACAAUUAUGAGGUUUGAUGAGGUCGGAAUGAAUUGGAUUUUUUCGGAUGGAGCAAAUUGGAUAACGAUGUGCAAGCAUGAUCCGGUGGAUAUUAGGAUGUGCAAGAAUAUCGUGAUUGGGAAUAUUGGACAGAUUGUCACAAUGGCUUAUGAUCCUUUGGAAGGAAUUUUGUUCUAUUCGGACUACCAAAAUCUUUUCUAUGGAAUUUGGAAGGUCGAUGUGGCGACGGGCGUGAGGAGAAAAUUCGAAAAGCGAAGUGUUGUCGCGUCGUCGCUGGACAUUGACAUCUACACGAGAACAUUGUAUUUUCUCGUCGAGAAUAGUGCCGAUGAGAUUCGCGCUGCCGAUUAUGAUGAGAAGUAUCCAACGAGAAUAGUGGUCGAUGGGCUCGCGACGAGACCGAUUUGGAAGAUUUUGUACGCCGAGGGCAAAGUGUUCGGAUUGACGAGAUCGCAAGAGAUUUGGAUGUUCGAUGUGACGAAAGCAUCGACACAGAAGGGUGUGAAGCUCAACAGUUUUUCAUCGAAAGCUGGAAUUCUUGACAUGGUUUACAAUAUGAAGAAUCGAUUCGGCUGGAAGAGGAACCAAUGCGCGUCGAAGAAGUGCCCGAGCAUGUGUGUCGCGGUGACCGGAAAAUGCGUGUGUCAGGACGGUUCUUCGGGCCCCAAUUGUAGUACAAAUGCUUUGCCAUCAGCGGCACUCGUUGUGGCACGAAUGAGGCCAUCGGGAGUCGUCUCAUAUUCGCUGGAUCCGAAAACGCCGCCGAUUUUUGCCAUUCAAAACGUGAAGCGAGCCGGCGCGGUGACGACGGAUCCUAAAGGCAAACGGAUCAUUGUUUAUGAUUUGAAACGCUUAUCGUUGGUGAUUCGAAAAAUUGGAGACGAUGAUGAGGAGGUGCGCGGAAUGCGAGGCAUUCGGAAUUGCGAAGGGAUGGCUUAUGAUUCAACCAGCGACAAUUUGUAUUUGACGGAUCAAGGUCGCGCUGCCAUCACAGUAGCUCGUUUAUCGGAUUUGUCGAUUCGACGAACGAUCGUUCGCGGAAACAUGACGAAUCCGCGAUCGAUUGUGAUUCAUGUUCCGAAAAGCUACAUUUUUUGGGGCACAUGGAACGAUAUUCAAAACGAGGCGACACCAUCGAAAAUUGAACGCGCCAAACUUGACGGAAGUCAAAGGAAGACGCUGGUGUCGAGAAACACGCUCUGGAUCAACGGACUCGCCAUUGACGCGAAAGAGGACUAUCUGUAUUGGUGCGAUGCGUUUCGUGGCACGAUUGAGCGAAUUCGAUUCAAUGGCGCUGAUCGGCAGGUGGUUGUGACCGGCGGGGAGGCUAUUAAUCAUCCGUAUGGAUUGGCGUUCUAUCAAGGCUUCAUUUAUUGGACGGAAUUUCGGAAUGGUGAUCUGAAACGGUACAAUGUUGAGAAGAAAGGACCCGUUGAGCAGAUAUUCAAGGAUAAUUCGACGAUUUUUGAUUUGGCGCUUUUCGAUUUGAGUCGAGCCAAUGAUGUGUCUCCCUGCGCCAACAUGAAAUGUGAGCACUUUUGCUUCGCGAAUUCGUGCAAAGGCUCGGUGGGAUGUGAGCCAGCGCGAUGCGAAUGUCAGGAUGGAUUCAAGAUGGUGAACUCGAAAUGUGUGCCGGAUGCCGAUUGGAUAUCGAUGGAUGCGUGCAAUUCGACAACGCAUUUCACUUGCGCGCACACGGGCACAUGUCUUUCGAAGGCGCAAAUUUGCGAUGGCGACGAUGAUUGUGGUGAUGGGUCGGAUGAGGACUUGAAUGGUGUGUGCAAAAAUUUCGAAUGUGUUGGAGCACGUCAUCGAUGCGACGGCACCAUGUGUUUGCCGACGCAAUGGGUGUGCGAUGGAAACUAUGAUUGUAAGGAUGGAAGCGACGAGGAGCCGAGCUUGUGCGCCGGCGUCGAAAGAACGUGCAGCGAAACGCAAUUCAAGUGCAACAACACGUGUAUUCCACUUGAGCGGCAUUGCGAUGGCUACUACGAUUGUGAAGACAAAUCGGAUGAGCUCUCCUGCGUAUUGGAGGCGACUUGCCGUCCCGACGAAUUUCGAUGUGGAAAUGGCCGAUGCAUCAAUUUGUGGCAGGUUUGCGAUGGCAAGAAGAAUUGUCGAGAUGGUUUGGACGAGGAACACUGCGGCGAGAAUUGUGUCGUUGGACGGCAGUUUCGAUGCAAAUCUGGCUCGGCUUGUAUGGAUAUGAGUUUUCGAUGCGAUGGCAUCGCCGACUGCGAUGAUGGUAGCGAUGAAUCCGACGAGCAGUGUCGAGGUGUCGCGUUGUCGUGCACAAUGUCGAAUCAAUUCAAAUGUCGAGACGGCAAAUGCAUUCGGCGAAGUCAUGUGUGCGAUGGGAUCGAUGAUUGCGCGACGGGCGAGGAUGAGCUCAAUUGUCCGGCUGAACUAUGCGAUUCGUCGUCGAAUUUCGUGUGUGCCGGUGGCGGAAAAUGCAUUCCGAAGGCGUUGGAAUGCGAUGGAUUCAACGAUUGCGGCGAUAAUUCGGAUGAAUCGCAUUGUUCGAAAUUGCGAAGCGAUGAUGGUCGUUGCGCUCCGCCGUCGUUCAGAUGCAAAGAUAAGGAGUUCAAGUGUAUUUCGGACCAACAAUUGUGUGAUGGAAAGAAUGAUUGUGAGGACAGAGAGGAUGAGGAGGGAUUCUGCGAUGUUCAAUGCCCGACGGAUGGCCCGCAAUGCUCGCACAAGUGCAUUUCGACACCGAUGGGACCGGUGUGCGUUUGUCCGCCGAAUGAAUAUCUGGAUAGCGAUGGGAGGACGUGUCUCAAGAAAGAUCCGUGCGGAUUUGGCGCCUGCUCGCAGUUGUGUUUGCCGCAAGGAUCGUCGAAACACUGCUAUUGUCACGACGGCUUCAAAUUGCAAUCCGAUCGAUUCACGUGUCGAUCGGAUGAUCCAAAUUUGCCAGUGAUGAUCUAUACGAAUCGUCAUGAGAUUCGACUAUUGCGACCCGACGUUCCUGGAAGCACUCCGAUGGUUACGAAGCAGCGUAAUGCUAUCGGACUGGAUUACAUGUAUAAUGCGAAUGGCUCGAUAUCGGUGUUCUGGAGCGAUUUGGCGUCGGACAUAAUCUAUAGGGGACUAAUGGAGGAUCGAGUGUUACGGUAUACUGUUCCGCUUGUGUCGUUCGGAGUGUUUGAUGCGGAAGGGAUUGCUGUGGAUUGGGUUACCGGGAAUGUCUACUGGAUUGAUAGCUAUCUUGACACCAUCCAAGUGGUUUCGCCGGAUGGAUUGAAACGCGCAACUGUGGUUGACCAGGAUAUGAAGAACGCGCGAUCGAUCUCAUUGGACUCGGAAGAGGGAUUGAUGUUCUGGACCGAUUGGGAGUCGGGCCGUCCGCGAGUCGAACGAGCAACAUUGGCUGGAAACAAUCGAAUUGUGAUUUGGAAGGUUGACACGAAUCCUGAAGCUGGCUGGCCGAAUGGAAUCACGUGCGACACUAUUGCGAAGCGGAUCUACUGGGUUGACGCGAGAUCGGACAGCAUUCAUACGACGAACUACAAUGGAGAGGAUUAUGUGCAAUUGUUGCGCAACUCGGAGAAACUCGGCCAUCCUUUUGGAAUUGAUGUGUUCGAGAAUCAUGUUUAUUAUAGCGAUUGGAAGACGAACACGAUCAGCAGAGUCGACAAAUGGAAAGGGUCCAACUUCUCGUCGGUGGAACGCUCGGUUGUGCAGCCAUUCACAUUGAGGAUUGUCCAUCGAAGCAAACAGAAUCGGAUGUUGAAGAAUCCAUGCGGCGAGAGUUUCAAGUGCAAUGGCAUUUGCCUUCUCGAUGGAAAAGCGACGGCGAAAUGCAAAUGCUCGAAUCUCGAGAAUCCCGACACGUGCGACGAUAUUCAUGAGCUUUUCGUUGUCGCCGAUUCGAGAACGAUUCGCGGAUUGUCAACGCGACGCUCGUCAAGUCGUCACACGUUCCCGAUGAUCGCUGGCAACAUGUUCCAAAAUAUAUUGUCCAUUGAUGUUUAUCGUGAGGAAUUGCGCGUGCUCGAUGGAUCGCUUUGUCAUAUCGUUUCGGUGAACUUGACGGGAAAUGAGCCGGCGCGAGUGUUCGCCUCGAACAUGCUUGGUGUUUCCGGAAUGGCGGUGGAUCAUGAUACCGGCACCACCUAUGUCACUGUGUCUUUUGACAGCGCGAGCCGUAUCGAGGCGAUCAGCAGAGAUGGGCUCUAUCGAACGACCGUCAUCCAUCAGGCCGAUCUUCCUGGCGAGAUGCGACUUCCAAGGGAUAUUGUGUUCGUCGAGAAGACGCGAAAAUUGUAUUGGUUUGAUGAUGAUAAACCGAAAACCACACUUUUCUCAAUGCUUGCUGAUGGACUAUCGUCGAUGAUGCUCAAUGUGGACAUUAGAGAUCGUCCGAUAUCGCCGGUCGUUGAUCAGAAGGAAGCGGCCAUCUAUUGGCUGGCGAAGGGAAAGGUGAUGAAGUUUGACACGUUGAAAGGGACAUUGACGGAAGUGAAGGUCGACACGGAUAAUGCGACGACGGUGGCGGUUGAUCCUGAUGGCGAUCUGCUCAUUGGAGAGUUCAAUUCGUCGAGAACGAUUAUCAAAUCGACGAAUGGCGAAAUUGCUUGGUCGAUUCCGACGGAUAGGAAUGAGCGAAUAUUGACGAAGUCGAUUCAUUGGAGCCGAGAGCCGGACAAAAUGUGGAGCGAUUUGUGCAAAAGUUGCCCGGGUGUUUGCCUUCGCGGAAUCAACGUCGCUGAUGUGAUUUGCCGAUGUUCGCAUGGCGCCUACUUUGUCGACGGACGUUGUGUGGCGGCGGAGAAGCGCGUCUUCUAUGUCACCGAGUCGGGCGAGCUUCAAUCGGUGGCGUUUGAAGGCGACAAACAGCUGGCGACGGCGCACGCGCUUCAUCCGAUCAUGGCGUCGCAGAGGAUCACACGGAUUGCUGUCGACGCGAAACGCGAUGUGAUUUAUUCGAUAUCGCGAUUGGACGAGAUUUGGAGGUUUUCAACGAACGGCAGCUUCGCCGAACAGGUGUUCGCGGCGAGGAAUCAUCGAGUCGCCGCGAUCGCUUUGGAUCGAGUCACUGGCUAUAUAGUGUUUUCGGCGCGUGUUGCCAACUCAAUGCGCGGUGUGAUUUUCGUCAUGGAUCCGUCGAGAAAACAAGAGGAUAUUCGAUUAGCGAUUCUCGAAGAUACCGAAUCGGUACCAUACGAGAUUGCCGUCGAUCCACCGAAAGGCAAAGUGUUCUGGGCGAGCUCGAAUUGUGUGAAAAGCGCCAACUAUGAUGGUUCGGAUGUUCGAUGCCUCAUUCCGAUGAAAAACGCAGCGGCGAUUGCCGUCGAUGAGGAUCACUCGAGGCUAUGCUAUGUCGAUUCGGAGAAGACCGCCGUUGAUUGUGUCGACUAUGAGGGGCAGAAUUUGCAGCGGAAUGUGGUCAGUUUUCGAGCGCAAGGAUUCGGCGAGGACGUGACGUUUGCGAUCAUGGGAGAUGAAUUGUACUUUUUUGACAAAUUUAAUGCUUCUGGAAGUAUAAUUCGAGCAAUUCGCGACAAAAACAACAAUUUUAUUAAAAAAGAUGCGGUGAAGAAGAGAAAGCCGAGAGAGAAAUUGCGAUUGUUUGAUUUGGAGGUGAUGGAUGUUAAGAAUUCAGUCUUGUUCACACCAUGCUCGAAUCAGAACGGCGGAUGUGAGCACAUUUGUCUAACGGUGCCUGAAGUGUUGGAGGAUGGCCGAACGUCGAGCACGCGCAUCAAGAAGCAGUGCGCUUGCGUUCACUCGCGAAUGGACGAUGCGUCGGGAAGAUGUGUGCCGAGCUCGUCGUUUUUGAUGUACAACCACAUGAGCUCGAUCGAGUUUGCGAAGCCGGAGCCGAAUUCGUUGGUGCCACCGAAUCGUCGUCUCACCCCCAAUGAGUGCCAUAUGUCGAAAAUCGGCGCGAUCGCCGCCGACGUCGCGCGUCGUCGCAUCUAUUUUUUCGAUCACGACAAAAAUCGAAUUUCGGCCGUCAAUUUUGAUGGCACUGGUUGUUUUGUGGUUGCCGAUGACGUUGGACUGAUUCCCGGAAUGGCGUAUGAUGAGGUUCAUCAGAAUUUGUACUACACGAGGCAUAGUCCCGCUGGAAUCUGGAGGAUCAAUCUAGGCGAAAAUGAUUUGGAGAAGUAUCCGGUGCAGCCUUCGAUUGUUCUGACGUUGACGAUUCAAGAUCGCCCGCGUCAUCUUGCCAUUCAUCCGUGUCGAAUGCUUAUCUUCUUCUCGAACAAUGGAUUCAAUGGGGCCACAAUUGAACGCGUCUAUUUUAGCGGCUAUCAGCGAACUGAAAUCAUCCAAGAGGAUCUGAAGGAUGUCCGGGGAUUGUCGAUUGACUUAGAUGCCGAGAAGAUCUACUUCAGCGACGCGAUCAACUUUCGCGUUUCGCGCUGCGACUACGACGGCACUCAUCGCGAGACGUUGAUUUCUUCAAGCGAGGACCUAUCGAUCAGCCCGUUCCAAUUGGCGAUUUACCAAGACAAACUCAUCUUCACCGAUUAUAUGCGACGAUCGGUGAUGGCUGUCGAUAAGCUAACCGGCACGCAGGCGCACAAAAUUGUCGCCACCACCGAGAUCCCGUUGGGCGUUGUGAUUGUUGAUCCCGACGUCGAGUUUUGUGGCGCCGAUUCGUGCAAUCCGGCCACCAACAAUUUGGAAUGCGAGGAUUACUGUCGAGUGUUGGCCGACGGAACGCCGACGUGCGCUUGCAACGGCGAACGACGCUUGAAUUCGGACAAUCGCACUUGCAUCGGCGACGUUGGGACGAAGGCGUGCGCGGUGAACGAAUUCGCGUGUAUGACGAGCGAUCGAUGCAUUCCAUAUGAGAGUACGUGCGAUGGCUAUAAUGAUUGUCCGAUCAGCGAUGAUGAGGAUAUCAAGUAUUGUUCGACGCGAACGUGCCGUCCUGGAUAUUUCGCGUGCGGAAACGGAAUGUGCAUUCCGGAAUCGAAGAAGUGCAAUCGCGUCAAUGAUUGCGUCAAUUUCGCCGACGAGCUGAAUUGCACGUGUAGCCGAAAUGAGUUCAAAUGCGACAUUGGCAAUUGUAUUCCGAAGGCGGCGCGUUGCGAUUUCCAUCAGGAUUGCAAAGACGCCAGCGAUGAGAAGGGAUGUCCGUUCAGGAAUUGCUCGAAUCUCGAAGAGCACGGAUUGCACAAUUUGAUCAAUUGCGCCAACACGACGCAAUGCAUUCUGCCGUCGUGGAAGUGCGAUGGCAACAAUGAUUGUUGGGAUGGUUGGGACGAGGAGAAUUGUAUGGUCGAUUUUCACGACAACGGCACACGAGUGUCGCCGCCGAAAGAAUGCGACAAAGAUCAGUUUGCGUGUCUGACGACGCGCACGUGUAUGCCGAUGCAUUGGCGAUGCGACGGACAAUAUGAUUGCGGCGACAUGUCGGACGAGAAGGGCUGCGAGAAGAAGUGCAGCGAGAAGUUCGAGUUCACGUGCGCCAAAUCGAGCGCGUGUGUCGCCAUCGAGCAGAAGUGCGAUGGAAAACCGGAUUGUCCCGAUGGCGAAGACGAGGCUGACUGCGAGCACAAUGAGUGUCAAGGCGAGGGCAACACGACGUUCCGAUGCACCAAUCAUCGUUGUAUUCCGAUGUCGUGGCGAUGCGAUGGCACUGAUGAUUGUAUGGAUAAUGCGAACGCGGUGGGAUCCGAUGAGAAGGAUUGCGGCGGGCGGACGGCCUACAGAAUUCCGUCGAGAUGCGACAAUGAGACUUGCGAGGUGUCUUGCCAAUUGACCGCGCUGCUUUGCGAUGGAAUCGUCGAUUGUGCGGAUGGAUUUGAUGAGUUGAAUUGCGCGUCGCUCGACAGAGUGUGCCCGUCGAAUCAAUGGAUGUGCAAUAAUGGGCAAUGCAUUGAGACGUCGCGCCUAUGCGACUCAUCGGUUGAUUGCGUUGAUGGAAGCGAUGAGUGGGUCGAGAUUUGCUCGCUGUCGGAGCCGCCGAAACGUGGUUGUCCCAACGGAUGGUCGUGCGUUUUGCGGAACGGCACGAUCGGCUGCCUCAGCGAGAAGCAGUUGUGCGAUGGACGGCAAGACUGCAUGACGGGCAUCGACGAGCAGUGCCAUUUGCCGCAGGGCAAUUGCUCGAGCAAAUCAAACUCGUGCGAUCAGCCGUGGAAUUGUCAACGACGCGCCGGUUUCGAGAAGUGCUCGUGCGACGACGGCUACCAUCUGUCGGCGUAUGAUCAAACGACAUGCCUAAAAUCGCCGUCGUGUCCGAAAUCGAACUGCUCGCAUUUCUGCAUCGAUCGUCGUGAUGUUGGACAUCAAUGCUUCUGCGCUCCCGGCUACAUUCUCGCCGAGGAUGGAAAGAACUGCCGGCGGAACGACACGAUUGCCGCCGAAAUUGUGCUCGCCAUCGGGCAUCGCGUGAAAUUGUUCACGUUGGAUGGGCAUUCGAAAGCCACACUGCUCAACAAUCUGACGAACGGCGUUGCUGUUGAUUAUGACGUUCAAUCGGAUUUGAUCUACUUCACUGAUGUUGCGCACACCGGCAAUAACGGAAAUCGCGCCGGAAUUGUGUCGAUGAGCAUGCAGCCGAACUCGUUCCGAAUUUUGAAGGGUCUUCCGACGAAGGGUAUCGAUGGAAUCGCGAUUGAUUGGCUCGGCAGGAAUAUGUACUACACGGAUCGACAUCAGGAUGUGAUUGCCGUCUGUGAUAUGCGAGGACGAUUCCAGAGGAUACUGCUGAAAGGCUUGCCGCUCAAUGAUCCGCGUGCGAUUGUUCUUGAUCCGAUGCAAGGAUUAUUGUUCUGGACUGAUUGGGGAACGUCGGCGCACAUUGGAAAGAUGAACAUGGAUGGAAGUGAUGUCAAGGUGUUGCUUCAAGAUCGCACUAUUCGAUGGCCGAAUGCGUUGGCAGUUGAUGCUCCGGCUCAGAGGCUUUAUUUUGGUGAUGCUCAUCGAGACUACAUUGGAUCGUGCGACUAUGAUGGCUCGAAACGAAGGAUUGUGCUCAGGAACAUGGUCCGGCAUAUUUUUGCACUUUCGGUGUUCGAGGAUUACAUUUAUUGGUCGGAUUGGCAUAAUCAUACGGUCGAGAGGGCCCAUAAAAUUACAGGAGACCAUCAUCGUGUUCUGAUCCAUGACAAGACAUAUCGGCCAAUGGGCUUCAAGAUCAUCCAUCCAUCGCUUCAACACUUUGGAAGUUCGAAGACGGCUCGCCAUCCGUGCCAACAGCAAUCCCGAUGCGACAAUCUGUGUGUGUUGUCGAAUAAUGACGAAGGCUUCUCGUGCAUGUGCGCCCAAGGCUUCCGCUCGGAAGGCCGUUCGUGCAUCAGCGAAUGCAAACCGCUCGACAUGGUGUGCACGGGCACCUACAAAUGCAUUGCGAGCUGGUGGCGUUGUGAUGGGCAGGACGAUUGCGGCGACGGCGAGGAUGAGGGAUACUUCAAGAAGAAUGUGUGUCCGCCAUUCCCGUGCGAGCCGGGCCAAUUUGUGUGUCGACCACAAGAGAAGAACCAGACUGGCGCAUGCUUGUACGCGUCGAAACUGUGCGAUGGCGUCAAGGAUUGCUUCCAUGGAGAGGACGAAGAACCGGAAUUCUGCAAACACUUUGAAUGCGGAGACGGGCAUUUCAAGUGUGCCGAUGGAUCGAAAUGCACUCCGGUGUCUUCGCUGUGCGACGCUUCGAAUGAUUGCGCCGAUGGAAGCGAUGAAACGGAUUGCGACAUCAAGGAUUGCGGUGGCGGCUUCUUCGCGUGCGUCACCAACGCGACGAAAAUUUCGAAAUGCAUUCCAAACGAGUACUAUUGCGAUGGCGAGGUUGAUUGUCCACAAGGGCAGGACGAGCCGGAGACGUGCUCGGUUGGCUCGUGCUCGCCGCAACAAUUCCGAUGCGACACUGGCAAAUGCAUUCCGCGAGCGCGUCGUUGCGAUGGUUCGAUGGAUUGUCGAGACGGUUCGGACGAGAAGGAUUGUCGCGCCGAGAAUGGUGGAUGCGCGUGGAUGUGCCAACAUCAAUGUAUGGCGAUUGAGCAAGUGUGCGAUGGCCGUCGCGAUUGCGAGCAUUCGGACGAUGAAGGCGAAGAAGCGUGCGUUCGGAAGCGGCUCUUCAUCUAUGAUGAUAGUCCUUGCAAAACGAACAUCUGCGAUGGGGUCAUUGAUUGUGAAGAUGGAGAAGAUGAGAAGGAUUGCAAGAACUUGCCGACGUGUCGAAUUGAAGACUCGAAAGUAUGCGAUGGAAUCGUCGAUUGUCCGUAUGGAAAUGAUGAGAUGGGAUGUCAAAUGAGAUCGCCGAUUGCGACAUAUCCUUUCCGAUGCAAUGGAACGGCUCAGUAUGUUGCCGAAUGGCAAAUUUGCGAUGGCAAUGCGGAUUGUAUUAAUGGGCAGGAUGAGCGAUCGUCGAUUUGCGACAAAGAGCUUCUCCGAUGCCGUCAUCACGGGAUGUGCGACAAUCGGAAGCAAUGCUUUGACAUUACCGGACUAUGUGAUGGAAUCAAGGAUUGUCUGGAUGGAUCCGAUGAAGAGGCGACGCAUUGCGAUCACAUGUGUGUUGGAAAGUUCCGGUGUACGAAUGGACGAUGCAUCGAUGAGAAGCAGAGGUGCGAUGGAAGGGAUGAUUGUGGCGAUGGGUCGGACGAGAAUUGCGGACUUGAAUGCGAACAUUUCGGAAGGUGCUCGCAGCAUUGCCACGCGUAUCCGGGCGGCGCUGAAUGCUAUUGCGCUCAAGGCUACGUGAGAAAGAAUCGGACCGACGUUGAAUGUGUGCCCGCUUCGAACUUCACCGAGAUGUUCAUAAUGAAUGGUAAGAAGAUGAUUUGGAUGACAUUGCCGUCGGAUGAGCACUCGAAAGAGGUGAGCGAUUUUUUGGUUGUUUGUCUGUUGUACAAUUUGACACCUGUUCAGCUGAAUCGUGUCAAAGACAUUGAACUGGAUUCGCUGACGGGCUCGUUCGAUUUUUCGUAUGAUGCGAAUGGAAGGACGAGAUUGAUGUUGGCCGAGGUUGAUGAGCAAUCAAAUACCGAUGUUCGAUUCAAAAUUGUUUCCGAGGAAUUGAUUGAGACGCGGAGGAAACGAGCGUCGAAGGCGAGAGACACGACAAAUUUGGUGGUCUACGACUAUAAGGCUGACAAUGUGUAUUUUACCGAAAACACGGAGAGGAACUUUAUGAGCUUGUCGGCAUCGAAGGUGUUCGUUGCGCGUGCCAACAAGACAUUCACGAAGGUUCCGAUUGCCGGUAGAGGUGUCAUCAAUUCGAUGGCAAUCGCGCCGGAAGAAGGACUUCUAUUCUGGACGACGACGUUCCCGGUUGCGCGGAUUUGGUGCGCGUUGCUCGACGGAGCACCGUUGAAAGGGGAUGAUGUCGAGCCGUUUGUCGAGAGGCACGUUCAAUUCCCGAGAUCGAUUGUCGCCGAUGAGCCGAAUCGGCGAGUUUACUGGAUUGAUGGAUAUCGGCGGACGAUCGAAUCGAUUGGGUUCAAUCAGAACGGACGGCGAAUUGUGAAGAAGUUUGGCAUGGAUGACACGCCGAUGGCGAUGGACAUUCUCGGCGGCGAUCUGUUUGUUGUCACGAAGCAAGGAGCGAUUCAUCGAAUGCACAAAUUCACUGGACAUUUGACGACGUUCCGACAGAAGUUGACGAGCGUCUCGCCGCUGAUCGCGCUGCGAGUUGCGAAUCCGGCGAAGACGACGCCGUACAGCCAUCACAAGAAUCCGUGCGGAAGUUCGGAAGCAUGUCCCAGCGAUACUGUAUGCGUCAAUUUGGUGAGCGAUAAAACUGCGAUCGAAUCGAAAUGCCUCUGCGGUCCUGAUCGUGUGUUCGAGAAGAGCACCAGAAAAUGCAGGCCGAAUCGCGAAUUUGUUGCUGAUCAAUGCGGCGAUUAUUUCUGCUAUAAUGAAGCGGUGUGCUCGCAUGACGGAAAAUGCCUCUGCCGGGCCGGCUUCUAUGGCGAGCAGUGCGAAAUCGACGAGUGCAAAGAGCGAUGCUACAACGGAGCAAAGUGUGCCGUCGCUUUGGACGGCUCAAAUAAAUAUCGAGUGGUCGGAUGCAAAUGUCAAGGGAAUUUCACGAAUUAUGAUUGCUCGACGCAUGUGUGCGAUGGGGUUUGCGGACCGCGCGGCACGUGCAAAAUCAUGGAAUGUCCGCCGGGCAAGCCGAAUUGCGAAGCGCAAGCGUAUUGCGAGUGCGACGAUGGUUGGGAGGGUCCGAAGUGUCAACAUAGGGUGACGAUGAACCCGUGCGCUUCGCAUUGCUUCAACGGCGGAAAAUGCACCGGCACACGUUUCGGCAAUCUUCGUUGCGAAUGCCCGCCGGGAUUCCGAGGGCCGAGAUGCGAGAGUUGCGAUCAUCUCGAGUGCGCCAAUUCGGGAUUCUGUGUGCAGACGAUGUUUCCGGACAACGCGCGAGACUCGCGAUUCGAAUGCCUCUGUCCGCCGGGAUACGAUGGAAAGAGUUGCGAGAUCGAUUUGUGCAAAGACGCGUGCCCGUUCGGCUCGAGAUGCGUCUACAACGGCAGCCUUCCUCAUCCGAUCACGUGCCAAUGCCAACCGAACGCGGCAUCGCUCAAUCCGUUGUGUUUGCCGAUUUGCGAUGUGGAGGUGGAUUGGUGUAGGAACGGCGGAAAGUGUUUUGAUCGACCGGGAGCGCCGGGGCAGUGCAAGUGUCCACCGCGAUUUGGUGGCCCUCGUUGUGAUGCGCCGGUGUCGUGUUCGGACUACUGUUUGAACAACUCGAAGUGUCUGAUUCGAAACGCGACGCAUUACGAGUGCGUGUGUCGCGAGGGGUACGCAGGCGCGCGCUGCAAUCGCUACACGCAAUGCGAUGGCGAGUGUGAGCACGGCGGCGUUUGCGUCAAGUCGGGCCGCAAUUCGGGCAUUUGCAUUUGUCCGAAGGGGCUCGGCGGCGCGCGAUGUUCGGAGGUGACGGCGACGUCGUGCGGCUCGCUCGAAUGCGCCAAUGGCGGCGUGUGCUCGAGUGUUCAGGGCACGUCGAGACCGGCGUGCAUUUGUCCGCCGGGAUGGGGUGGACUCGUGUGCCGAACGCCGAUAUGUUCGGCCUACUGCGUCAAUGGCGGAUGGUGCGAGUUCGAUGAUGCCGAAGAAGCGGUGUGCAAAUGCCCAUCGGGUCUCUAUGGGGAUCGAUGUCAAUAUCGCAGAAAAGAGCAGCGAUCGUUCUGGUACAAUUUCUUUAGAAAGUUGCUGAUGUUCCUUGGAUCAAUCGCGUUCGUCGGACUCGUCUGGGUCGGCUUUUUCGUCUACAAAUCGAAUCGUUGUCGCGUGUUCCGACAAUUCCGGCACUCGCCGAUGCGCGACGACGAAGCGCCGGUCGAUCAAUUCAACAAUCCGGCGUAUUUGGCCGAUGAAGGUGCCACCGAGCUAGUCAGUGCGAAUACGAGUCUUGUUGGAAGGCAGCGAGCUGCAUUUAACAACCCGGUUUUCGAGCAGGAAAUGGUUCCGAUCUACAAUGAUACUGUGGAGAACGCGGAGCUUCUUUCCAAUUAG